AUGAUGGAACCCCUGGUCACUGCCAUCUUCCUGUUUCUUCUUUCAAGGACCAUAAUGCCCCAGUAUUCAAGAGGCUGGUAUGAUUCUCUGGUAUACAAAGACAUUGUUAUUUCAAAUCACCAAAAUGGUUAUUACUCAUUAAAAAAUGAAGCUUACUUCAAUGGCCAAAGUGUCUAUAUAUAUGAUAACAGCAGUAAGAGGGAAGUGCCCCAGCCAAGAUGGCAAAAUGUGGAGAAUUGGGAUGAAGUGAGCCAGUUUCAAAAAGAAAGAGAAGAUUUUAUCAUGAAGGACUUGCAAGAAAUCAGGAACUCUAAUGAAGGUACCUUCACCUUUACUCUUAAUAUUGUCUGUGAAUGUUAUCAAUAUGAACCUUUAAGAGUAAUUCAGUAUUUUAAUAUUGAAGGAGACAAAUUCAUUAAUACCAACAAAAAUAUGUUGGUCCAGGCCUCACAAGAUUCUGCAGCUGAAAUGAUCAAACAGCAGUUGAAGCAAGACCAGAGUGCUUUGAAUCUGCUCAAUGUAUAUUUGGAAAAAACAAUGUGGUGCAACACUCCAAAGAUAUGA